CACAUCAAAAUCUUACACGUCAAAUCUCUCGAUAAACUUGUCACUCGUUUACAAGAUCCACUCGUUACAAAUAUUUAAAAUGGUUAAAUCAACUCUUUUGGCUGCCAUCCCACUGCUCAUGCUCGCCGAGCAAGUCCUUGGAUUCGGCUGUUCAACUCACAGCUUCACAACAUGCGAAGAUAAAAUAGUGCAUUGGUUCGAUCCCGACGAUGGAAUGAUCUGCGAUCCUCUCGACUGCGGCGGCGGUCGAGCACCUCCCAAGACUGGCGUGCCUGGAUGUGCCGGAUAUACCGGCACUGAGACCAUCGGAACCUCGUAUCUCUCGUGCUGGAAACCUUCGACUACGCUUGUAGCUGCAGCUGCCGAGACGACACCGGAGACAACUGUGACGGAAACUCCUGAGCCUAGUACUGUGGUUGAGGUUGAAACGAGGACUACGACGAAGCAUGUCGCAUCUGAAUCGGCUGAACCGACUGAAUCGAUUGGAAUCACGGCGGCGACUGGAUCAACUACUGUGGCUCCUGUACUGCCAUCGGAGACUAAAUCGACUGAGGAGGCUGUUUCUACUUCUACGCCCGCUGCUGCGUCUACUACUGCUGCGUCUAAUACGGCUCGAGUCAUGGAGGGUUCUUUGAUUGCCGUUGCUGGUGUUGCGCUUGGAGCAAUUGUGCUACUCUAAUCUGGUCCUAGAAGUUAACGAUUGACGGGAACAUAUUGAUAUAGGGCAAUGACUCAAAUAAUGAUGCCAAGUUUUUAAUGAUGUCAACUCUUUGGCAUGAAUAAUAUUUAAUUUUUUCACCCUAAACAAAGCUCAAAUCUUGCUUUUCGCUA